UCAGUAGGUCAGUUGCGCAAGCGGAGAAUUCCUCAGACCGUAUUUAGCAUCCCGUCUAUCUGAGAGUUUGUUCUCUCACCUUUUCCAUCGAGACAAUUAAGAAAAAUAUAAUUGGAAUGUCUGUCUGCCUUUUCUUUUGCGAAAAUCGAAUUUAAAUUUUAUGAAGAAUAACGUUUCUGGGGGUCAAGGCGAGGCGAGACUGUACAAUCUCUAUAGCUCAGUGAGUAUCUCGCUGUUUCUGAUUGUGCUGCUCAGGAAAUGCUUGAAACUGCUGCAUGAAUAGUCGUGCUUAACACCGGGUAUUGCAGUAUAUUGCGAAGCAAGCCCCCGAUUAACAAUGUGCCCAUUCAAGCCUGUCCCUGAGUGUGUCUGGUGACUGAUUCCUGGUUUAAUAUGGUUUUUGGAUUGUAACGAAGAUCAAUGGAGAGUCCUACGCGUCCAUGCGCCUUGAUUUGUUAAUUUUGGUUUGCAUGUCCCCUCUGAAAUUCCCUACUCCAAUGCUCAUUACACGUUGAUGCUGGAUAAUUCAGCAGAAUUAUUGUAAAAAUGCUGAACAGCGUCUUUUUGCUUAGCAUAUUAACUGUGACCAGUAUCGCAUCGAAGACAGAAAGCCGCAAAACUUCAAAAGACAUUUGUAAGAACCGCUGCUCCUGUGAGGAAAAGGAGAAUAUUUUGAGCAUCAACUGUGAAAACAAAGGAUUUACAACGGUUAGUCUAUUUCAACCGCCAUCGAACAAAAUCUGCCAACUCUUUCUCAAUGGAAACUUUCUUUCGAGACUAAAUGCGAAUGAGUUUAUCAAUUAUGGUAAUGUAACAUCCCUUCAUCUGGGAAACAACGGGUUGCAGGAGAUAAAGACUGGAGCUUUUACAGGAUUGAGAUUUUUAAAACGACUUCAUCUUAACAACAAUAACUUGGAAAUAAUCAAAGAGGACACCUUUGCUGGUUUAGAGAGUUUGGAGUAUUUACAAGCAGAUUAUAAUUACAUCAGUGCCAUUGAAGCAGGUGCAUUCGGAAAAUUAAAUAAGCUCAAAGUACUGAUUCUCAAUGACAACCUCCUUCUAUCUCUUCCCAACAAUGUAUUUCGAUUCGUUAUGUUAACGCAUUUGGAUCUAAGGGGGAACCGUCUUAAGAUUCUGCCUUUUGCUGGUGUUCUCGAGCACAUAGGCGGUAUUAUGGAGAUUCAACUGGAGGAGAACCCAUGGAAUUGCACCUGUGAUCUGAUCCCUUUAAAAGCCUGGCUGGACACUAUCUCCGUUUUUGUAGGGGACAUCGUGUGCGAGACCCCCUUUAGAUUGCAUGGCAAGGACAUUACCCAAUUGAUUAAACAAGAUUUAUGCCCCCGAAGAAAUGCUGGUGAUUCUAAUCACCGCGCAAUGCAGCCCCCUUCUGAUUCCCAAUACCACGGCCCCUCUCCCACCCUGCACACCGGUUUCACUCCAACAAAACCCCCAAGGGCCUCCCGCCCCCCUAAAAUAAGAAAUCGCCCCACACAACGGGUGACGUAUAGUAAGGACAAACAAGUAUUUGGGCCUAUAAUGGUUUAUCAGACUAGGUCCCCAGUUCCGAUGACCUGUCCUAGUAUUUGUGUCUGCACUUCUCAGAACCCAGACAGCGGAUUAAAUAUCAACUGCCAGGAGAGGAAAUUGCAUAACAUAACAGAGCUUACCCCUAAACCCUCAUAUCCAAAGAAAUUGCAUUUAACAGGCAAUUACUUACAGACUAUAUACAGAACAGACCUAACCGAAUACAGCUCACUAGAGCUGCUCCACUUGGGAAAUAAUAGGAUAGCUAUUAUUCAGGAUGGAGCCUUUGAAAACCUGGCUAAUCUACGGAGACUGUAUCUCAAUGGCAAUUACAUUGAAAGUCUAUCCCAGUCAUUAUUCGCGGGGCUGCAAAGUCUCCAAUACUUAUACAUGGAGUACAACGUUAUCAAGGACAUUUUACCCCAUACGUUUAACUCGUUGCAGAAUUUGCAGCUGCUGUUCCUCAACAACAAUCUAUUGAGAUCCCUACCCGACAAUGUUUUUGGGGGGACUAUGCUGACAAGACUAAACCUGAGGAACAAUCACUUCUCGCACUUGCCGGUGCGCGGUGUACUCGACCAGCUUUCCGCAUUUAUUCAGAUCGACCUGCAGGAGAACCCAUGGGAUUGCACCUGCGACAUCGUUGCUCUUAAAAACUGGAUGGAGCUGUCCAGUACCAGCGUAGUUGUAAAUGAGAUCACAUGUGAUUCACCCUCGAAACACGCAGGUAGGCUGCUUAGGUCACUGCGUAACGAUGCAAUUUGUCCCGAGCCUAACGAGGUCACAGUAACCAAGGCCCCUACAGUCAGUCCCAGCACUGACUCCACUCCUCCCACUUCCAUCACGCCCACAGACCAGCAGAUUCCCGAGAUACACGCGGAGGUGCCCCUAUCUGUUCUUAUUCUCGGACUGCUCGUGGUGUUCAUUCUGUCAGUCUGUUUCGGGGCUGGUUUGUUUGUAUUCGUCCUCAAAAGACGCAAAGGAGUUGAUAGCGUUCCCACCAGUACCAAUAAUUUAGAUUUAAACUCAUUUCAGGUACAGUAUGGUUCAUAUAGCACGGAGCCCACUGCAGAUAAAGCAGAGACGCAUGUUUAUAACUACAUUCCUCCUCCUGUUGGUCAGAUGUGUCAGAACCCCAUCUACAUGCAGAAAGACAGUGAGCAAGUGACCUACUAUAGGAAUCUAAGAGAACUAAGCUUCAGCACUAUCAUGGACACUAAAAAGUCGGAACCCCCAAGCCCUUAUACCAUAAGUACAGUGGAGUUCAUUGAGAAACAAUCUUGUGCCAAUCGUGAGCCGGAGCUGCUUUAUCAAAACAUUGCAGAGAGGGUUAAGGAGCUUCCGACUGCAGGAGCUCUGAAUUAUAAUUUUUGCACUUUACCGAAAAGACAAAUACUUCCUCCAUAUGACACGACUAGACGAAACAACCAGGACAGGUUGAAUAAAACUGUUCUCUAUGGAACUCCGCGAAAAUAUUAUGUUGAACAAUCAAACAAUGAACACCCUUUGCUGCCUGGGAAACUAAAAACAGAACCGGACUACCUCGAAGUUCUGGAAAAACAAACAGCAAUGAGUCAGUUGUAAGAUAUUGACCUAAUUACCAUAAUCACACAUACCUAUUAUCGAUAUGUAUGCAGGCCUAUUGUAUGUACUCCACAAAUUGACGAGUCCAAUAGAAAGCAACCUAAGUAUUUUCUCUUCUUUCUUUACAGCUGUAUUUGAGUAAACGUAUAUGCAGUUAUUAUUUUACUGGAGAUUUAAAUUAUUUCUUUUACUUGAAAUACAUAGGCCGUAGCAGGUACCGCAAGAACUAUGUAAAAUAGGCUAUGUUGUGCAUUUUAUAUUCUAUAUUUUAUCUGUGGGAACGAAUAUCUUUUUUUUUUUAGAACAACAGACGUGAGUCAUAUUAUGAAAUUACAUUCCUGUACAUAACAGCCUAUCGAUGGUGAGUGUGAAACACAUGUACUGGUUCCGUCCACUUGGCGAUCCAUUAGUUCCUGAAGUGCCUUUGCACUCCACGUAUUUUACCUUCGCUUUCUGCAAAUUUAAAUUUUAUAAAUGCUGUAUUUUAAGAAUCUUUAUGUAAAAUAUAAUUGUCCAAUACAUUAAAGAAUAUUGAGGAGGUUAAGAUAGUAUGGUAGCGAAUAUGUUUUGAAUAUCUUUCAAGAUGUACACUUUAGAGGAUUGCAUACAUUAUGUGCAGUACACUGUACCAUAAGCCCCAUCCAAUUCUCACUGACGCACUUUGUCUAGUCUGAAACUUGAAAUGAGCAUUGUUAAGAUUUCGUCUGUCUGCCAGUUUCUCUCUCUCUAUAUCUCUCUCUCUCUCUGUAUGUGUGUGUGUGUGUGUGUGUGUGUGUGUGUGUUUUCUGUUGCGCGCUAGCGUGCUCAUGUGAGGAAGCGGGUGUGUGGUUUAAGCGCAGUAGCACUUCUAUCUUUAAUGGAAUCUGUAGGACAUCUUGUAUUUGAAGAGGAAUUGUCUCAACACUUAUGGCUGAAUGACCGACGUGCAUGCAAUUUAACGACAAAGGGAUUAUAGGACCUUCACAGGAAUACCUCAGGACUACCCAUUCGUUUUACAUAUACAUUUUCGGACCUGUAGUGCCCUCUACAUGUACCUGCUUUUAUUUAAAUUUCUCCUCAACUACUGCUCCCCUGUAGCCUACUUGAAAAGCACAACAUGAUUAUUAGUUCUCAACGCUCCUUACACCCAAAAUGAUUUGUUUGUAGUGGACAAGUUAUUAUCUAGCCUUUUAGACUACAUAUUUUGAGGUCUGCUGUGGACCUACCUUCUCCAGAUCCAUUGUUUCGCUAUCCAUGGUGCUGAUAUUUUGCCGCUUGCUACUAAUGGUGUACAGUGUCCAUGGAUUCUUAGACUUUUCACUGAUUUGUUUUAUUUCACAUUUACUUAUUUAAGAGUUCACUUUGUUAUCAUAUCGAAAUAAGUAUACUGAGAACCAAAUCAAGUGUGAUUUGAUUGAUAGUUGUAUGUGUUGCUUCAUAUUUUUAAUACACAACAAUAUGAAAAUGUUUAUGUGAGUCUUACAAUCCUGGUAUUUUGCUUGUAAGUGAGCUUGUGCUUGUGGGUCAAUAGCAGAGGCUAUUUGAAUUGGUAUGAGUGAGACUGAGUGAAAGUGCUGUUCAUCCCUUCUGAAACUGAGUGAUUUUCUUUCCUGGUCACAAUGGGCCUCUGUGUUGCUGUUUACUGAUGCUGUGUAGAAUGAGAGGGUUGGACAUGUCUAGCACACCAAUGAGGCAGCUAGCUUCCUCCCUCCCUUCCCGUCCGCUCCUCUUAUUACACAUGGGACUGAGAGGAGGAGAGAUGGCAAUGGCAUGCAAUAGCUUUACCACAGAAACUAUCAAUCACUCCGGUCAGUUCACACCGGUAGAUAGGAUAACGUAUUUUAAAGUGACAUACAAUUUGGAGUUGAAUUUUAUGUAUGUGGAUGAGUGAAUAAAUUGAUUUUUCUGGGGCACAUAGUUUGCACUUUAGUUUCAUUGGGGUAGUUUUGUCACAAAUCAUGUAAAUCCUUGAAUAUUGGAAGCAAUUAUAGCUGUCUUUAUUCAUCAACAUAUUGUAAUUGAUUCAAACUCAGUUGACUCUCUUUAAUUUAAAUCCACGAUGCACUGUGAGUGCUUACUUAAUGGACAAAAAUAAACAACAUAUAUCAGUUUGUAUGCACAGAAUACCUGGA